AUGCAUCAAAUAUUCCCAAGAAAUGAGAAUGAUCUCACACAAUUACAAAAAUUAUACGAAGAAUCCGAUAAGGUAAAUUUCUGGAAAGCUCCUUCUAAAAUCAAUAAAUCAGUAGAUAUUAUGGUUCCACAAGUAGAAAAGAGAAAUUUCUUAGAUUUUUUGAGCAAACAUCAUAUGACAUCCACGAUAGUUGUUAAAGAUCUCGUAAAACUUCUGAAAGCAAAAGAAUUUGAUUUACGAUCACAAAUUCGUUUGCGAUAUCCGAACGAACGUCGUCUAAACGACGAUUAUUCAAGAAAAUUAUAUUUACGAAUGGGUGAAUAUUAUUCGUAUGUGGAAAUCUCGUGGUGGUUGAAAUAUUUGGAACAAAAAUUUCCAAAUCUUGUAGAAGUGAUUUCGAUUGGAAAAACUUAUGAAGAAAGGUCGAUCUAUGGAGUUAAAAUUGGUGCGAAAAAACGCGAACCAUCAAGAAUUAUAUGGAUUGAUGGUGGAAUUCAUGCUCGUGAAUGGGCAUCAGUUCAUACAGCAUUGUAUUUCGUUAAUGAGCUUGUCAGUGGAUAUGAAAAUGAUGCACUUAUAACGAAAUAUCUAAAUUUACUGGACUUUUAUAUAUUUCCUUGCGUAAAUCCUGAUGGAUAUGAAUUUACGAGAACGGAUCAGUAUGAUCCAGCUAUUCGUUUUUGGAGGAAGAACCGCUCACCGCAAAAAUGUUUCGCUCAUAAUGGUUCUCAAUUUUGCUGUAAAGGCGUGGAUCUAAAUAGAAAUUUCGAUUUUCAUUUUGCAGAAGUUGGUGCAAGUUCUUCACCUUGUUCAGAGAUUUAUCGCGGUGAAAAUGCAUUCGCUGAAUUAGAAACCAAAGCAAUUCGUGAUAAAGUAUUGUCUAUAAAAGAUAGACUCGAUGCGUUUAUAACAUUGCAUACUUAUUCUCAAUUAUGGAUCUAUCCUUAUUCGCAUAAGAAGAAUGCCUAUCCAUCGGAUGUCAAUGAUCUAAAAAAUGUAGCCAAGCAAGCUGUUGAAUCUUUGUUUAAGUUAUAUGGAACAAUGUAUCGUUAUGGUACCGGACCUGAAACCAUUUAUGCUUAUUCUGGAGGAUCAAGUGACUGGGUGAAGCAAAAUACACCAACCAAGUAUACUUACACCAUAGAAUUGAGACCGUCUUCUUUUAAUUGGAAUGGCUUUGUACUGGAUAAACGACAAUUAAUACCAACAGCAAGAGAAACUUUUGAAGGAGUUAAAGUAGUGAUAGAUAAAAUCAUUGAGGAACAUAAGUUUGAUCCACGUAAGUCAAUAUUCAAUGAUUAUAGGUGA